CCUUGCCCGUGCGCCCGCCCAGGGCGAUGCCGCAAAGCGAGGCCGGGAAGAUGGCGGCGCGCUGGGCGCUGGGCGCGGGUGCUGCCUGGGCGCGGGGUCUCCUCAGCUGGGCACGGCCAGAGAGGUGGCUGGUGUCUGGUAGCCUUUUUCCUCUCUCAUGCAUCCACACAAGCACAUCUCUGCAGAAAAUUGGGAAGUGGGAGAAGAAGAACAGGAUUGUUUACCCUCCCCAGCUGCCUGGAGAGCCUCGCAGACCAGCUGAAGUAUAUCACUGUCGGAGGGAAAUAAAAUACAGCAAAGAUAAGAUGUGGUAUCUGGCAAAACUGAUAAAAGGAAUGUCCAUUGAUCAGGCUCUCGCUCAGUUGGAAUUCAGUGACAAAAAGGGAGCAAAGGUGAUCAGAGAGGUUCUGUUAGAAGCACAGGAAAUGGCUGUAAAAAAGCACAAUGUGGAAUUCAAAUCAAAUUUACACAUAGCGGAGUCGCAGACGGGCAGGGGCCGUUACGUGAAGCGGAUGCGGUACCACGGCAAGGGCAUGUUUGGCACGAUGAAAAUCAGCAGGUGCCACUACUUUGUGAAGCUGGUGGAAGGUCCUCCUCCUCCCCCCGAGCCACCAAGGACUGGCUUUGACCAAGCAAAGGAAUAUGUGCAGCAGCUGCGAAACAGAACCCUUGUUCACACACUUUAGAGGCUGUGUAGGUGUCUCUUGUUAGGCAAUGUAACUAUAUAAAGGAAUAAUUAAAGUCAUGGUUUAGUUA